AUGGCGUCACCAAUGGCGUCAGAAUGGCGCGGCACGAGUGAUCACAACGUCACUGAGACGUCUUUUGACGCCGUCAAAUGUAAACUAUCCGCAGUGACACUCGGCUAUUUCCAGGACCCAUUUUUACGCUUCUUUGUUGAUAAACCUACACGACGCAUCCCUCUGAUUCAUCGCGGUUAUUAUUUGCGCCACAUUGCUAUUACCCGCUGUGUUGAGCUUUUUCUUUUGCACUAUGCGACGUCGCCUCGAGUAAACAUCGUAUCGCUGGGAGCUGGAUUUGACACGCUGUUCUUUCGUCUACUAGAGCAACGAAAGUUUGCUGGAAUGGUCUCGUUUACGGAGGUGGACUGUGACGCCAUUGUGAGUGCUAAGACAAAGCUGUUGAAUGAUCCAGUCAUCCGAGUGGGUCUGUUCCCGAAAGAUAUUGGCGACUUGAUGGUUAUGACCUCUUCUGCUAGUGAUGAAGUGGCGUGGCAAUGUCACGUGCCAUCUGGCUCGUACACGCUCAUUGCUUGUGAUCUAGGAGACAUUUGGAGGCUGGAAGCAACGAUGAAUGCUGUUGGUGUUGAGCGAAGUUUACCAACGUUGAUGCUUGGUGAAUGUGUCCUGUCGUAUUUGGCACCAGAAAAGGGUACAAAGCUACUUCAGUGGCUGGCCGAGACCUUUUCAUGCAGCUCCAUUGCGCUAUAUGAUCCGAUUGGACUUGAAGCAAGUGACGAUGGCAACAUCGCCUACGCAACAUCACAGCCUAAGAAUCAGCCGGAUGCUUUUGGCUCGACACUUAAGCGAUAUUUUGCUGUGAAAGGAUGCGCGCUUCGUGGUGCACGAGGAUGUCAGACCGCAGCUGAUCACUCUCGCCGUCUACUAGCUCGCGCGCACUGGAAAAGAUGCGCUAUUCUCGACAUGAACGGAGUGUUUGCGGCUUGCACGACUGCAAAGGAAAAACACAGGCUAGCACUGCUAGAACCUUUCGACGAGUAUGCCGAUUGGAUGCUGUGCAACGCUCAUUACGCGAUUUACCUUGCAGACAAUUGCAAGGAUCAAGAUAAGGAUGGUUUUGAGUGGACCACUGGUUUUGUGCCUCACAUGCAGCAACACCAAUACCUCCUGACAGGAAGUGUUGCACCACAACAGAAACGCGAGGAAUUAUCCGAAACAGUAAUCAUCCGAUCAUUCCAGCGUGAUGACUUGGCUACUGUGCGUUCGCUCUUUGAAAGUACACACCUCGAUUUAUCCAAGAGAUCACGUGCUGUGAGCCAGUUCGUUGCAAACCGUCUUCGUGGUCCUAGUGGAGACAUGUUCGACGUAUACCAAGCUUUCCAAACACCCAAUAGCGCUGGUGUUACAACAAGUGGCUUCUGGGUCGCUGAAAUAGGCGGCGAGGUCUUGGGUUGCGUUGGUGUAAGGCCUUUUGUGACAUUUGCAAGCCAACAGCCGAAUAGUGAAGAAGAGAGCCAAAGUGCCGAACUCUGUCGGCUUAGUGUUGCUCCCGCAGUUCGACGACGUGGCGUGGCUUCAGCUUUGGUGCGAGCCGUUGAGGCUUUUGCUGUAUCGUGUGGCGCGUUUAACGAAAUUCGUCUCGACACCAUUGAAGUCAUGGAAGCUGCUCAGCAUUUGUAUCGAGCUCUCGGGUACGUUGAGCAACCAGACAACGAAAAGCAGUACAGCUCGUUCAAGCUUGUACAUUUCCAGAAGACGCUUUAA